AUGGAUGCGGUGYCCGCAUUUGGCUCUGCUUUUUUCUGUCCCGCCAUUGACACCGGUGAUUUUUGGUCUAUCAUCUGGGAAAACCUGAAAAACAGAAAAGUAGAGCGUUACCUUGACUUUGCCAAUCGCGAGUCAAAAUACACUUCAAGGGCUAUUUUGGAGUACUCCCUUCGCUCAAUAAAGUCAAGGUUCUGGCAAAUCGAUUGCAAGGAUUGCUUGAUGUACAUGGCCAGCGUCAGCGGUCUAAAAGUGACGUACAUGCUGCUGUUUGAUGUACUCGAGGAGCUGCAAAAAACACACAAACACCGGUUUUCAAUACACUGGGUCGUUGAGGAGCCUGAUUCUUCUCUAAAAAUCCCAAAUUCAAGCUUUGGAUACGUCACUGACGCUCUGAUUAGAGAUUUCCUCCCAAAGCCUUGUAAUAGCGCCAAGCUCUUGUUGUGUGGACCAGCUCCGAUGAUAUCUCACAUCUUAAAGGAAAGCUCAAGCGCAGGCUGGCCCGCCUCUUCAUCUUCGAUUUUGAAACCCUGUGGGCCUGUUUUUGUUUUUUAA